GUUCACUGAUUUACCAGCACCAGGACUGAAGCAAGAGGCAGCGUCCCUAAACAGCACCCAUCCUCCUCCGCCUCCACCUUUCCCUUCCCCGUCCCGGUGCCCCACUCAGGCAGACAGACACACGAGUUGGAAGUUUUGCCCCUCGGGGGUUUGGGGAGUGGAGGCAGUGAAGACUGAGCUCCCCUUCCACAGCUACACAGGAAAGGAAGGCGGACAAGGGAUGCGGACAAGCCGAGGGAGCCCUGUUCACCCGCAGCCUAGCCACCGGUCGGUCCAGUGCUCCAGCACUGCCCUAGCACUUUGCGCCUCUGCGUAACCGCUCUGGGGGCCCGAGGGGUCUCGCUGGUUGCCUUUUGAGAGUGAGAGAGGGAGGGGAUGCACCCGGGGCAGGCAAGGCGCCCCCUGCGAGCUGCUGACGAGAGGUGGUAUUCAGUCAGGGCUCAUUGGAGGACAGCUGGGGGCAUGCGGCCCGGAGCCUGCGGGGCUCCCUCUGAUCCCGGGAUGCAUUUGGCUUCCUUCUGCUAGUUACUAUGACCUGCCCCGCUGCUCAGGGUCCCCAGUCCCGGUCCCAAGGCGCUCCCGCAUGGGCCCGGCUUUGGCGCCCUGUGCAGGGUGGCUGAAGAGCGUCAGCAGGGUCCUCGUGUUGGGUCAGUCACUAACUUCAUCUGAAUUAGACUUGCCAUGGCUGCGCCCGAUGUCGAGGGCGCAAUGAAGCCUCAGGUGGGAGAGCAGAAGGAGGGAACAGUAGCCCCUGCUGCCCUGGAAGAGGGCAGGCAUGAGACCCGUAGGUCCAAGAGUUUGCCAGUUCUAAACUCCGCUGGCGGACGGGACCCUAGCCCCCGGAGGGCAGAUAAAAGGCAUAGCUCCUUUAGGAGGCCCAAAUCGGGCUUUUACGGUUUCUCAGGGGGCACUGAGGUGAAGCGAUGCGUAGACCCGGUUCAGGUUCAGCUGGGGCUCAGUCGCUCAGCCUCUUCCCGGACUGUGUUUUCCUGCACCCCUUCCAUUUCUUCAGGGAUGGUCGGGACCUUAGACUGCAACCACAUGGUCGCCAUUGGCAAAAGCCUGUCAGUUUCCUCCACCCAAGGCCUGUCGGUCUCUUCCACUCUGGCAACCCUACAUGGUAGAAGAUGCCUCCACGUGGUUUUGACGGAUUCCCGUUGCUUUUUGGUUUGCAUGUGCUUCCUGACCUUUAUCCAGUCGUUGAUGGUCUCAGGGUACCUCAGCAGUGUCAUCACCACCAUCGAGAGGCGCUACAGUUUGAAAAGCUCCGAGUCCGGGCUGCUGGUCAGCUGUUUUGACAUUGGGAGCCUGGUUGUGGUCGUUUUCAUCAGUUACUUUGGAGGCCGGGGCAGGCGACCUCUGUGGCUUGCAGUGGGUGGACUCUUCAUUGCACUGGGGGCUGCCCUGUUUUCUUUACCUCAUUUCAUCUCUCCACCGUACCAGAUUCAAGAACUGAAUUCCUCAGUUUCCAACGAGGGUUUGUGUUUGAAUGGCAACAGCAGUGCCAGGGACCUUUUGGAGUCAUCUGCCUGUUGGAAGGACUCUGGCGGUAAUGAUCACUCGCUCUAUGUAGCUUUAUUCAUUGGUGCACAGGUUCUCAUUGGUAUGGGCUCCACUCCUAUUUAUACCUUGGGACCAACCUACUUAGAUGACAAUGUCAAGAAAGAAAAUGCAUCAUUGUACCUAGCCAUCAUGUAUGUCAUGGGAGCACUUGGUCCUGCAGCAGGAUAUUUAUUAGGUGGAGUUCUUAUUGGUUUUUAUGUUGAUCCCAGAAUGCCCGUUCAUCUUGACCAGAAUGACCCUCGUUUCAUUGGAAACUGGUGGAGUGGAUUUCUCCUUUGCGCCAUUGCAAUGCUUCUUGUCAUAUUCCCAAUGUUUACUUUCCCAAAGAAGCUUCCACCUCGACAUAAGAAAAAGAAAAAGUCCUCUGAUGAUGCUUCCAAUGAGGAAGAUGAGAUUAUGAAGGAGAAAUCAAGCAGCAGAGAGCAAGAAGGAGUUGCCUCUUCUAUGGCAUUUGGAAAGAAUGUAAAAGACCUACCAAGAGCAGCUGUCAGGAUCUUAAGCAACAUGACAUUCCUUUUUGUGAGUUUGUCAUAUACAGCUGAGAGUGCCAUUGUCACCGCUUUUAUCACCUUCAUUCCCAAGUUCAUCGAAUCACAGUUUGGCAUCCCUGCUUCCAGUGCCAGCAUCUACACUGGUGUGAUUAUUGUGCCCAGUGCUGGUGUUGGUAUUGUCUUAGGAGGUUACAUUAUAAAAAAAUUGAAACUUGGUGCCAGGGAAUCUGCAAAACUAGCAAUGAUCUGCAGUGGGGUGUCUUUGCUGUGUUUUUCAACACUCUUCAUUGUUGGCUGUGAAAGUAUCAACCUGGGUGGCAUAAAUAUUCCAUACACAACAGGGCCUUCUCUCACCAUGGCCCACAGGAAUCUGACCGGAAGCUGCAAUGUUAAUUGUGGUUGUAAAAUCCAUGAGUAUGAGCCAGUCUGUGGAUCAGAUGGAAUUACAUACUUUAACCCUUGUCUGGCUGGCUGUGCCAAUAGUGGUAAUCAUAGUAUGGGGGUACGUAAUUACACAGAGUGUGCCUGUGUUCAGAGCCGACAGGUCAUCACUGCACCUACAGUGGGGCAGCGUAGUCAGCUUCGGAUGGUUAUUGUUAAAACCUAUCUCAAUGAGAAUGGCUAUGCCGUGUCUGGGAAGUGCAAUCGGACCUGUAAUACCCUUAUUCCAUUCCUUGUUUUUCUUUUCAUUGUUACCCUCAUAACAGCAUGUGCCCAGCCAUCAGCCAUCAUAGUCACACUCAGGUCUGUGGAAGAUGGGGAGAGACCUUUUGCACUAGGAAUGCAGUUUGUUUUAUUACGAACACUUGCAUACAUUCCUACUCCAAUUUAUUUUGGAGCAGUUAUUGACACCACCUGCAUGCUUUGGCAACAGGACUGUGGUGUGCAAGGCUCUUGUUGGGAAUAUGACGUGACAUCAUUUCGUUUUGUCUAUUUCGGUUUGGCGGCUGGCCUCAAAUUUGUUGGAUUUAUUUUUAUUUUCCUGGCCUGGUACUCUAUAAAAUACAAAGAAAAACAGCUGCAGAGGCAAAGGUGGAGGGCAUCCCCUCUGAACACUGUCAGCGAGACCGUUUGCCACACAGAUCCUUAUGAAAAUUAUUCUCGCACUAUAUCUUGCCCAACUUUCAACAACAGAGGGGAGCUCCAGGAAGAAAUGUGUCUUGGAAGAGGAAUCCAUUAUACAGCACAGACAUACCCCGGACCCUUUCCAGAAGCAAUAACUUCCUCAGCAGACCCUGAGUUGGAAGAAGCCACUGCUGCCAUGUAGCCCCCUUCCCUGAAGGUUAUAAUAGAAGACUUUGGUUUUGUUGGUUGGAUCGAAAAUGGCGCCUUGUGAAACACCCGUGCCUUCUUUUCUUUCUUUUUUAAACUCUAAAGACAUAAUCUAUGAACCAACAAAACUCAAUGCAAACAGCCAUUACUGAUUGCGAGCUGGAUACCUCAACAUGACUUAAGAGUCUUCUUUAUCCCCUUCUCCAGAAAACGGAACUUAAAGAUAGGUUGUAACUUUAGCUAUAUUAAUUUAAUGUUCACGCUCCAAUCUAGUAUAAGUCAAAGGCCGAGAUAUUCUAAAUUGUUAAGCAGAAUUAUGAUAAGAGUAAUAGAGAUGCAUAUCAUUAAUAUAGAUUUCAAACAAAUAAAGGUGAGAUGUAUCAUCAGGUUUGCAUUUACAAAUCAUAGUUUUUAGAUUAUAAAUACUGUGAGUUCUGCUACAAAGCACAAGUGAAUUUGCCUAAACUAUGCAAUUUGGUCAGAAAUUUGUAUGUGCAGCAUGUUCAUUUUGUUUUUUAGAGACUUCGAUCCAGCCCAGUCUGGAAAGGAAGCUUAAAAAAAAUUGUCCUCUUUUUCUUAAAGUACUAUUGAUAACUGUAAGCCAUAGAAGAGUUAGAUAUCAGGGAAAGUUUUCAGAUGCUUCAAAAAACACUAUAGGCAGAGCCCAAUGUAAUAGACACUUGAAUUCAUAGCACGUUUUCUUUUUCAGCCUCCUCCAUUCCAAGGCUGGGAAAAAAGCUGUUGAAUCAUAAAUGUAGGGGCCCCGGAAAUAAACUAAAUCAUUAUCUAUGUUGUUAAAAGGGCGUGGUGAGAAACUCCGACUAUGAGAAAGUUCCUGGCUGACUUCCUUUCUAGGAUAGUUGCUGGACAAAUUCUUUGGCUAAGAUCACAGUCAAGGCAGCUACAUCUGUGUCUUUUAAAAUGAAAGUAGUGAGUCCCUUCUCUUCAUCUUCCCUACCAGCUGCCCCUAACCUACUUGGCAGCCAUUUCAGCACUGUUUUUCUAAAUGCUUGGAUGGAAUCAUAGGUAGGUGUAGUUUCCUUUAAAGAAAAUUGUUUUGGCUUCUCCCUAAAUUAGGGUAUUAAAUCAGGAGAGCUAUACUUGGGAUAAGAAAUCCUUUUGAAACCAGUAGAAAUGAGAUGUGUGAAUUGGUACCAGUCAGUCAGGCAUUUAAUUGAAAUUUAUUAAAAUAAGUGAAUCUAUUUUCCUGAAUCCUAUCUCCCAAGAUCCUCCUACCACCUUGAUUUCUUUCCUCUUUACCAUCUUGAACAUCUUGAGGUGGACCUAAAAGGGAGAGUUUUCUCCUUUUUAUAUCCACUUUUUGUUCUUUAUUAAAGAAUAUUUAUUGAGUCCAUCUGGGCAUAGCUUUGUCAUAGGUACUAAGUAAAGUUUCAUCUUGAUUGAUCUUAAAAUACCUCCUAGUACCCAAUACCUAAAAUAUCUAUUUGUGUUAUAGAAUGAGUAGCAAGCAAAUCUGUAGGGCAUGGUCACUUUGGGGAGCAGUAUUUAGUCUUCAGGGCUUGUAUGAGAGAUGGUCUCACUGCCAGGUAACCAUCUCCUAUAGAUGGAAAUGUGAGCCUGACAGUUUUGCCUCAUGAUUUGGGGGUGAGAUUUACCAGUAUUUAGUCCUAGUUGUAUUGGUAGAGUAAUAUGAAUACCAGACUCGUAUGUUCUUUGAUAGAGUGGUUACACUUUACUUUUUAGUCCCAUUUGUUGUGUUUCUAUAGUGGUUACCUAUAGUUUGUAGAGGAUGGUUAUUGCUUAAAGUGGAAGAGUAUUUUUAAAGAAGAAAGCUAGUCAUUAAACAGGUGAUCACAGAAGGACGAGUUUGUCUAUUGACACUCACAUAGAGCUGAUGAUAAAAUAAACCUGGUUUUGGCUCUGUUAUAGGAUCAUCAGCCUAAGGCUGGUAGAGACCUCAGAAGUCAUCUAGUCCAAUGCCCUUAUUAUAGAGACAAGGGAACUGAAUCCCAGAGGUGUUAAGUGAUUUUUACCAAGUUCACCCAGCCAGUAAGUAUCAGAGGCAGGACUUGAAUCCAUUGCCUUUGACUCAACAGCAAGUGCUUUUUCAGCUGUACCACAAUAUAUGGAAGUUAUAAGUACCUACCUAAUUUUAUUGUCUCUCUGCCAGACAGUUCAUGUAGUGCCAUUCACCCUGUGGGGGAAUGCUUAUUAACCAACAAAACAGGCACUAAUAAAGAAGUUGCUUCUUCCCCACUCCCCUGUCAAGGCUUCUGAUUGGUCAGAAAGCCUCAUAUCCCUCGUAGCUUUUUUUGUUUGUUUUAACAAAGGCUGCUUCUAGUGAGGUCCAAGGGCAUGACCACACUAGGGCACUUGGGAUUAUUCAGGCACUUGAUAUGAGAUAUUUUUGCACCAAGUGUUUAUUUCUAAGGGGAUAAAGGAGAUUUUGAGCAGCACACUAAAGAUUUGAUCAUGCUCAUUGUCAGAUUAUUGCUUGGGACUUUCUUAUAUUUAACCUGCAGAGGGGAGAAGGUCAAGAAGAAGAGUUCAGCAUUCCCUACAUCAUCCCACCUUUCCUUCCUUUAGCCCCAGACCUGAUGCUGUUAAUUCACUGCUUAAUCAACCAUUGACCUCUUGGGAAAGAAUAGGGAAUGGGUUCCUUUUCUAGCAUUUGAUGUACCCCAUAUUGAUUUCUGGGACUUCAUUAAUAAUAUACUUCCCGCAUAUGGAUAGUUAUGGUGGUGAUCGUGGAUAUCCUUUAAACCUCUUCCUAUCUUUAAGAAACCUGGUAUUAGCACUUCCCAGUAGGUCAGAUUACUAAGUGUCCAACUCUUGCAUUUCCAGGCAUAGGCAAGUCAUGGAAUAACGAGGCAUCCAUUAAUGAGAAGCCUCUAUGAACACAUGAGUUUCUGUUCAUUACCUCUUAAGUAGUAUCUCAAGGAGACUGCUUUCAAGGACUAUACCCAUGUGUUUGUCUAUCUGGGAUGUUUAUUUAAGAAGCAGUUGCAUAAGUUUAUAAUCAUAUUUCAUGUAUACUUCCCUUAUGAUUUCAUAUGAUUUUGUGUAGAACAUCCAAGAAAAACCCUACAUAUAGGAAAAUUAUUAUUAAAAAUUUAAUGAUAGGUUUCACUAGAUUUUAAUAACUAACCUAUCUUAAUGGUUAUUUAGGUAAGCAUCCUGAUAGAAUAAGUUUUUAAUGAUAUUCCUCAAAUCUGUUUAUAUUUCAUAUUGAGUAUGCAAACAACCCAUUUUAGGCAUUAAAAUGCAUUCUAAAUAAAGCACCCAACAUUAAUUAAGCGUAUUAAUUAAGUCUUGCUUUGAGAAUUAGCUUUGGAAUGGUGGGAAAAGGUUUAGGCAAUUUUAUGUGGGCCAUUUUUCCCCACAACAUUUUUGUUCCUCUGAGGCGUUAGUAUUUCCAUUAGUUCUUUGGUGGAUAUCAACUUAAAGAAAUUUUUUUUUCCGGUUUUUUAUUUUUUUUAUUUUGGUGAAGCAAUUGGGGUUAAGUGACUUGCCCAGGGUCACACAGCUAGUAAGUGUUAAGUGUCUGAGGCCGGAUUUGAACUCAGGUCCUCCUGACUCCAGGGCCGGUGCUCUAUCCACUGCGCCACCUAGCUGCCCCUUAAAGAAAAUUUUUAAUGAAGCUUUUCUGUAGAUUUGUCAAAAAUACCCACCAAACCACCUGCUCUCAUUGGCUGCUAAUAAUAAUCCUAUGCAUACAUAAUAAAGUCUGGAGGCCACGAGCAUGAUUUCUGUGAGUAAUGAAACCUGAAAAGCAUUCAAGUGCCUCCUUUGACAAAAAGGCAGAUCGAUGAUUGACAGCAUGGGCCAAAUUCUGCUUUUCAGGACCAUCUGGACGAACUAAGGAAUUGGGUAAUUAUUCAGUUAAAUUUAGAGGUGUUUAAUGAUAUUUGUUGUAGAAUAUUACACAUUUCCUUGGGUGGAUACACAAACCAGCUUAGUAAGGGAGGUAGCAAGAUGUGGUAGGAAGAAUGCUAGAUGCUGAGCUCUAUCUCCGGCUUUACUACUGAUUACCUGUGGGUUACCUUGGACAAGUCAUUUAACCCGUUUGGGCCUCAGGGUCCUCUCUGUAAAAUGAAGGGGUUGCACUAGAUGACCUCUAAUGUCCUUUCCAACUUUGAAUAUAUAUGAUCCUAUGCAAUAUGUAUUUUACAUUUUUUACUAUUGAUAUUGGGAUACUUUUGAUUAAACUCUCUGAUGUAAAGCCUUACAUUUGUAAAGAGUGUUUACAUUGUGAAAGGUGUAUUUCCAUCCAUUCUUAUUUGUUCCUUACAAGAAAACUGGGAAAUCAAUGGAAGAGAUACAAUCAGUCUAAUUUUACAGAUGAGGAAAUUGAGGCUUAGCAAUUAGUUACAUGCCCAAGGUCAUAGUGCUACUUAGUAUCAGAAGCAGUACUGGAACUCAGGUCUUCUCCUCCCAUUAUACCAUGUUACCCUUCUAAGAAAGUCAGCAACCAUCAUACCUUUUUAGAGAACUGUGUCCAUAUUUUAAAAAUGCAAUUUAAUUAAUGUAUUUGCUUUUAUUUUAUUAAUACAUUAUGUAUGAAUUAGAUGAUGUAUGUAAAGUGCUUUUCGAAUCUUGAAGAAUCUUGAAAUUCUUGCUAUGAUUAUUAUUAUAAUUAAUUGAGGCAGUGGGGCCAUGUAUCAGAGUAGAGGAAGCCAAUUUAGUAAGAUCUCAGUUCACAUCCCACACUUACCACUUACUGGUUAAUUUACCAUGGACAAGUUAUUUAACUUUUAUGAGCCUCAGGAAGCUCCCUAAGAUUAAUCUGUUAGGUCAUCUAUCACAUUACUAAAUGGAGUUUUUACACCAAUCAUGAGUGUAAUCAGAGAUCCUAGACCUAUUGUUGUAUAAGUAGAGUGUGCUAUGAACUAACAUUUUCAGUCAUUUGAAUGGAAAACAGUCAAAAUCCAAUUUUUUAAGUGUCAGGAAAUGAGCACUCUGACUGACUAUGGGAAUUUGAUUUCUAUUUACUACCAUACAAAGCAUGGGAGCAUCAUAAUAGCAUGAGCCUUCUGUAGUGAUAAUAAUAUAGUUGAACUCUUUAUAACGUGACUACAUAUUAUAGGACCUCAAGCUGGAAGGGACUAAAGGCAUAAUCUGUUCCAACUCCCUCAUUUUACAGCUGAGGAAACCAAGGCUCAGAGCAGUUAUGUGAUCUUCCCCAAGAUCAUAUGGGAUGUAAACAAACAGCAGAGCUUAGAAUCAAGACCAAGUCCUUUGAUUCGAAAUCCAGGAUUCCUUUGACUAUUCAGAUUUGGAUAAGUUAGAGUUCAAAUCAUAGCUGCCAAAAGAUUAAGAACUCCAUACAAAACAAACAUGAUUUGACCUGGUUGUCAUAUCAGUGGGUAUUAACCCUGUCUCUUAAUACCCUAGUUCUCUGUUAGCAAUGAAUACAAAAAAAAUUAACACCAAUUUUAUUUUCCUUUUUCUAUUUCUUAGUUGGCUGUUUAUUUCAGUGGUUCUCAAACUUCAUUGGUCCAAAAAUCACUCUGGUGGGGAAAGACCCCAUGUACCACCUAAUGCACUUGCUUUUGUUAGUCAUCGUGGAAAAAAUUCCCCCAGAACAAAUGGAUAAAAUGACAUUGCUGAAAAGUGAGGUCUAAUAUCAAACUAGGUAUCUAUCGUAAGUAAAUUGUUCAUUCGUACCUCACUUCACCUUAAAGACCAGACUAUUACAGGAGACCAAGGACCACCUAGAGGACCUUCAAGGACCACAAUUUGAGAACCACUUCUCUAGGACCAAAUUUUGUGCUUCUCUGUGCCAAGAUGGGGGCCAGUCUUGGGAGGCAAUCCAGGACCUACACUUCUGCUGGCUACAAAGGGAAUUUUUUAUGUGGUCUAUUCAGCAGAGCACAGAGCAAGACAAAAAAAGAAAAAAAACACCAGAGUCCCUUCAUUUCAGCUUGCGCUCUUCAGUGGAAUCAGGAUAUCUUUGCUCCAUUCCUCCUCCUCAUUUGGCAUCAAAGAAAUGAUCAAUUCUUACUAUGCUGCAAACUAUCCAGAACCCAAGGUACUUCAAGGAUGAGACCUAAUCAUUUCUGGAGUCUCCUUCUGGGGAUGGGGGGAGUUUGGGUGAUUACGUCUUGGUGUGUAUUUUCAACAAUCUAGAUAGUGCACAGACAUACUUGUGACCAUCAAUAACUUGUAUAAUUGCAUCCCAAAUAAUUUAAGCCCCAAACAGAUAGGUUUCCAAAUGCUAUUUAAGUCUAGGUUUGCCUCAGACUUCAUUCUUCAUUAUCCAGACCAGUAGGGAGCCUUACACAUGUUUCCAUUAUGCAUUUCACAAUAAGAGGCUGUGCAGAAUGGCUGCUGGGCUAAGUGAAUAGGCUUUCAGAAUAAAAAUCAACUGUAAUAACGUUUCUCAUUUUCUCUGUCUCAGACAAGGUCACUAGAUGUACCACUGGUUUGUUCUCAAGUUGGAGAAAAAUUUGUAUGCAUCUGAUGAUGUUUCUUUUUUUCUUUUGGUGAGGCAGUUGGGGUUAAGUGACUUGCCCAGGGUCACACAGCUAGUAAGUGUCAAGUGUCUGAGGCGGGAUUUGAACUCAGUUCCUCCUGACUCCAGGGCCGGUGCUCUAUCCACUGCACUACCUAGCUGCCCAUCUGAUGAUGUUUCAAAACAGGACUUGCUUUACUCAGCUCUAGGAAGGAUCAAUAUUCACUCUAGCCUUGCCUACCACGUCCUUCCUCUCUGUUACUUCUGGAACAUAUGAACAGCAAUGGUGCUACUAGUGUCCAAGGAUGCAUGUUCACCACUAGCUAAUUCCAUGGUAUUAUUCCCAGUAUUCCAGUGCUAUGUGACUGCAUGUGCUUUACUUUUUGAAAAGCUAGAGCAUUUCCAGGAAAAGAAGUACUUUUCAUGCUCAUUACUAUGACUUAUGCAACAUCUAACCUAUGGAGAAUUUCUGCUGCGGAAAUGACCAUGUGAUAGAAAAUAUCUUUUCUACAGAAAACUCAGUGCUUUUUAUAUUUACCUUAGCAACACUAACCAGAUAUUAAGAGUAGUUUCAGAAAGAGGUAAAUCGUGACAUGGUUCAGAUGACCUUUUGUUAUUUCUCCUUAAAAAGGUUUAUACCAAUAAGAUGUUUUUAAUGAUGGGGGUGAAGGGUGAUGUCUUUUGUGGUGAACCCAUUAAUGUUACUGGGUAGAAAUGGAAGCAGAAAACAGCUCUGAAAACUAAAAUAACUAUUGGGGCACACACAUUAAGCCAAAAAGUUGUACAAAAGAAAGUCAUUUGGAGUUGGUGUCCAAGAAUGAAACAUUAAAAAAAUUUGUUAAGAUUUUAUGGUGGGCAUUCUUCAUCCAACAAAUACCUCUACCACAAACCCCAAAUGAUAGAUAGGUUAGGAGCAUGAAACAGGAAAACUGGCUUCUAAUUGAUUUUCAAAAAAUGUUCUAUAGUGUCAAAUAAUUUGGCAUUAGGUCCUUAGUGAUUGGAGUGUGCGUGUGUGUGCGUGUCUUUAUAGAAGUAUAUUUGUGAUGAGAGGCUGUUUUGAAUUGUUGCAUACAGAAGGCUCAUUUUGUGGUUUUUUAAAUUACUAUUUAUUUGGAGAGCACUUAGGAUCAUUUAAUAUAUAUAUAUAUAUAUAUCACCUUGUGUUUAAUGAAAGCUACUGUCAAUAUACUUGUAAACAUUUGUUUACAAUUUCUUGAAUACUU